AUGGGUCUCGCCGCCGCCAAGAACAAGCGCAAGCUCGGCAAUGACCCGAACAACACCAAAUGGUCGCGCAACACCGAUUCCUUCGGCCAGAAGCUCCUCAGGGCUCAGGGGUGGCAGCCGGGUGAGUACCUGGGCGCGACAGGCGCCGCCCAUGCUGAAUGGCACACCCAGGCCAAUUCGACACAUAUCCAGGUCAUCCUGAAGGACGACACGCUCGGCCUCGGGGCGAAACGGAACAAUGGCGAUGAGUGCACCGGUUUAGAUGCGUUCCAGCAUCUUCUUGGGCGGCUCAAUGGCAAGAGUGAUGAUACGUUGGAGGCCGAGCGGAAAGUCCGCGAGGAUGUGAAACUUAGCCUCUAUGUGGAGAGGAAGUUCGGGACCAUCCGGUUUGUGAAGGGCGGCUGGCUGGUUGGCGACCAAGUGACGGAGACUCCUAGUGGUGAAUCUAAAGAUGUGACGCCGGAUUCUGUUUCCGAGGCGCCACAAGAAAUCCCAGAAUCCGAGGAAGACUCGGCACCCAAGAGGUCAAAAUCGAAGAAGCGGAAGGCCGACCAAGAUGCGGAACCGGAAGACGACAAGGCCCGGAAGAAGGAGAGAAAGUCAAAGAAACGGAAGACCGAGCCUGAGGCCGACGCGGAAGAUGAGACUGGAGCGAAGAAACAUAAGAAGUCGAAAAAGGCCAGCCCCGAAGUGGAUGAUCAGAUGCCAAUCGACAGCUCGUCCGAAACGAAAGAGGCGAAGGAAAAGAGGGACAAGAAGAAGGACAAAAAGGAUAAGAAAUAUAAAGAAAAGGGAAAGAAGGAGAAGCGGAAGAAAGAUAAGGGUUCAGAAUCAUCAACAGACACUUCCGAAACCCUAUCUAAAGAGAAGAAGCGGAGGAAAAAGGACUCGGGCUCGGAAACGGCUGAGAGUAGUCUACCCACGCCGAAUGCCAGCGGUACCUCGACGCCUGUACCCACCGGUUCAAGCCGGUACUUGGCAAGAUCGAGGUUCAUUGCCCAGAAAAAGAUGGCGUUUUCUGACAGCGUGGCACUCAACCAAAUCUUCAUGAUUAAGUCUUAG